UUGAUAUGGCUUCAGUGUUUGUCAGCACAGGACCCAGACUCACACUAUGGCUGCUGUCAGACUACGCCGUAAGUGGCCAGGGCUUCAAAGCCGUGUUUGAAGCCCUUCCAAGCUACACCUGUGGGAAUCCAGGUCAGCUGCUGAAUGGCAUGCAGCAGGGCUCUACUUUCAACAUCGGGGACAAGAUCCGCUACAGCUGCAACCAGGGUUAUGUGCUGGAGGGCCACACCGUGCUCUCCUGCCUGGCCACUUCCUCCGGCACCGCUGCCUGGGACUUCCCCCUGCCGUACUGCCGAGCGGACGAUGGCUGUGGCGGCACACUACGGGGUCAAAGUGGUGUCAUCACCAGUCCAAAUUACCCCCAGGAGUACAACAACAAUGCGGACUGUACUUGGACCGUGCUGGCUGAACCAGGUGACACCAUUGCCUUGGUCUUCUCCAACUUCCAAUUGGAAGAAGACUACGACGUCCUGGAAAUAACCGGCACAGAAGGAUCCUCUCAGUGGUUUACUGGUCCAAACCUGCCAUCACCCAUCAUCAGCAGCAAGAACUGGCUGAGACUCCACUUCACAUCCGAUGGAAACCACAAACUGAAAGGCUUCAGUGCUCAGUAUCAAGUGAAGAAGAUGACAGAACUGAAGUCCAGAGGGGUGAAGAUGCUGCCAAGUAAAGACAACCACAGCAAGAUAUCAGUUUUAUCACAGAUGGGGGUGGCGCAAGGACACAACAUGUGUCCAGACCCAGGAAUCCCAGAGAGGGGCAAAAGAAAAGGCUCUGAUUUCAGGCGGGGUGCUACUGUGCACUUUUCUUGUGAUGAAGGAUACGAGCUUCAGGGGUCUAAAAGCAUCACCUGCCUACGAGUUACGGACAGUUAUGUUGGCUGGAGUGAUGAUCGGCCUAUCUGCAGAGCUCCUAUGUGUGGUGGUCAGCUCCGUGGCCCUAGUGGCAUCAUCACCUCCCCAAACUUUCCAGUACAAUAUGACAACAAUGCUAACUGCACCUGGAUCAUCACAGCUUCGGACCCUUCCAAGGUGAUCAAGCUGACUUUUGAGGAGUUUGACUUAGAGCGGGGCUACGAUACUCUAACUGUGGGAGAUGGAGCUGUAAUCGGCGAUCAGCGGACAGUCUUUCAUGUGUUGUCUGGGACUACAACUCCAGAUCUGGUGGUCAGUACCAGCCAUCAGAUGUGGCUCAAUUUUAAAACGGAUGACACAAGUGGCUCCCUGGGCUUUAAGGUUUCUUACGAAGAAAUUAACCAGGGUGGAUGCGGAGACCCUGGAAUCCAAGCCUAUGGCAAGAGGGAAGGCAUAGGCUUCCGACAUGGAGACAAGCUAUAUUUUGAGUGCCUUCCAGCCUUUGAGCUGGUAGGAAAAAAGAACAUUACCUGCCAGAAAAAUAAUCAGUGGUCAGCCAAGAAGCCAAGCUGUGUGUUUUCGUGUUUCUUCAACUUCACAACUCCAUCUGGAGUCCUGCUAUCACCAAACUACCCUCAGGAGUACGGAAACAAUAUGCACUGCGUGUGGCUGAUCAUCGCCAAACCCGAGAGCCGCAUCAACAUGGCCUUUAACGACCUGAGCAUGGAGAAACAGUUUGACUUCCUGUCCAUUAAAGAUGGCGGCAAGGCAGAGUCACCAAUUCUGGGCACCUUUUCUGGAGAUGUGCUGCCAUCACCCAUCACUACCAGCGGCCACGUGGCCAGGCUGGAGUUUCUGACUGAUCAUACAUACACAGAACGUGGCUUCAACAUCACUUUCACCACUUUCCGGCACAACGAGUGUCCCGACCCUGGCGUUCCAGUAAACGGAAAGCGCUUUGGUGAGAGUCUACAGCUUGGCAGCUCCAUCUCUUUCCUGUGUGAAGAGGGGUUUAUGAAGACCCACGGUUCUCAGACCAUCUCCUGCAUUCUCAAAGAUGGAAAUGUUGUGUGGGACAACGCUGUGCCACGUUGUGAAGCUCCAUGUGGUGGAAACCUCAAGGCUUCUAGCGGCAUCAUUCUGUCCCCAGGCUGGCCUGAGCUUUAUAAAGAGGCCCUCAAUUGUGAGUGGAUCAUCGAGGCUCCGCCAGGAUAUCCUAUUAAGAUCAUCUUUGACAAGUUCCGGACAGAGGUUAACUACGAUGUUCUCGAGGUACGGGACGGACGCUAUCCUUCUUCCCCUCUGAUUGGCAGUUACCAGGGUACACAGGUCCCUCAGUUCCUCAUCAGCACAUCCAGCUUCCUGUACCUGCUCUUCACCACCGACAAGAGUCACUCUGACAUUGGCUUCCGUAUCCGAUAUGAGACCUUGCAGCUCCAGUCAGACCAUUGCGUUGAUCCUGGAAUCCCAGUCAACGGUCAGCGGCACGGCAAUGAUUUCUAUGUGGGGGCGCUGGUGACGUUCAGUUGCGAAGCAGGAUACACCCUCAGUGACCAUGAGCCUCUUGAGUGUGAACCUAACUUCCAAUGGAGUCGCCCUCUGCCCAGCUGUGAUGCUCUUUGUGGCGGGUUUAUUCAGGGGAACAGCGGCACUAUUCUGUCCCCUGGGUUCCCUGACUUCUACCCCCAUAACCUCAACUGUACGUGGAUGAUUGAGACUUCACAUGGUAAAGGUGUCCAGUUUAUCUUUCACACCUUUCACUUGGAGAGUCCACACGACCACCUUUUAGUCACAGAAAAUGGUAGUUUCUCUCAGCCCCUGUGGAGAUUGACCGGGUCUACACUGCCACCCCUUCUCAGCGCUGGACUUUUUGGCAACUACACCGCUCAGAUCCGUUUCCUCUCAGACUUCUCUGUGUCCUAUGAGGGCUUUAACAUCACUUUUUCAGAAUACGAUCUGGAGCCUUGCGAAGAUCCCGGCGUCCCCCCCUUCAGCACUCGUAAGGGGCUGCAAUUCGGGGUGGGGGAUGCGAUUAUCUUUUCCUGUUUUCCGGGGUACCGUCUCGAGGGGCCUGCGAGGGUGGUGUGUCUAGGGGGGCGUCGACGGGUUUGGAGUUCCCCUCUGCCAAGGUGUGUUGCUGAAUGUGGAUCGUCUGUAACUGGGAAACAAGGAGUUUUACUCUCUCCCAACUACCCUGGUUACUAUGGUAACAACCAUGAGUGCAUCUACUCCAUCCAAACCCAACCCGGUAAAGGGAUCCAGCUCCGAGCGCGGGAUUUCCGCCUGGAGGAAGACGACAUGCUUAAGGUGUAUGAUGGUAGCAGUAACAGUGCCAGACUGCUGGGCACCUUCACAGGCACAGAGAUGAUGGAUGUCACUCUAAACAGUACAUCCAGCACUAUGUGGCUGGAGUUCAUUAGCAACAGUGACAAUACCAGCAAAGGUUUUGAGCUGCACUUCUCCAGUUUUGAGUUGGUGAAGUGUGAGGACCCAGGUGUGCCUCAGUAUGGUUUUAAACGGGAGGACAAAGGUCACUUCGCAGGCAGCACAGUGUCAUAUAGCUGUGAUCCUGGCUACACUUUAAAGGGCCCGGAGGUUUUGACAUGUCUCAGAGGGGAGAGGAGAGCAUGGGACAGCCCACUCCCACUGUGUGUCGCCGAGUGUGGAGGAACGAUUAAAGAUGAGCCCAUGGGCCGGAUUCUGUCUCCUGGUUACCCAGCGCCUUAUGAGCACAACUUGCACUGUGUCUGGACCAUUGAGGCGACACUUGGAAGCACCAUCGGGUUGCAUUUCCUGGUCUUCCACACAGAAGAGGUGCAUGAUGUUUUGCGGAUCUGGGAUGGGCCUCAGGACGGAGGUGUUCUGCUGAGAGAGCUGAGUGGCUCUACACUUCCUCCAGACCUCCACAGCACCUUCAACUCUGUCAGUCUGCAGUUUACAACCGACUUCUUCACCAGCAAGCAGGGUUUCGCUCUGCAGUUCUCGGUUUCAACUGCCACUUCCUGUAAUGAUCCUGGCAUUCCAACAAAUGGCACCCGCAUAGGAGACAGCAGAGAGCCAGGGGAUCAUGUGCUGUUCCAGUGCGAUCCCGGAUACCUCCUACAGGGGGCGACUAAAAUCACCUGUACCGAGAUCAACAACCGUUUCUUCUGGCAGCCUGAUCCACCCACCUGUUCUGCUCCAUGUGGAGGCAAUCUGACUGGUCCCAGUGGACUGAUCCUGUCCCCGGAAUACCCAGAGCCUUAUCCUCAUGGCAGAGAAUGUGACUGGACAGUAUCAGUAAUGCCAGAUCACAUCAUAUCACUCACUUUUAAUCACUUUAGUUUAGAGCCAAGCUACGACUUCCUGCACGUCUACGAUGGGCCUGAUUCUCUCAGCCCUCUGCUGGGCAGCUUUUAUGGCACGGACGUCCCUGAGCGCAUUGAGAGCAGCUCCAACACUCUCUUCAUGGCCUUCCGCAGUGACGCCUCACUCAGCAGCAAUGGAUUUGUCCUGCAGUACACUGAAAAUCCCAGAGAGUCGUGCUUUGAGCCAGGCAUGGUGCGUAAUGGUACUCGUGUUGGUACUGAGCUGAAGCUGGGGGCAACUGUCACCUAUUACUGUGACAACGGCUAUACGCUGGAGGGAGAUGCCACUCUCACUUGCAUCAUGGGGGGAGACGGCAAGCCCGGCUGGAACAAACCAAAACCUGUUUGCAUAGCUCUGUGCGGUGGUCAGUAUUCAGGGUUGGAGGGGGUGGUGCUCUCCCCUGGUUAUCCUGGAAACUACAGCAGCGGCAGGACUUGCCUGUACUCCGUCAUUGUGCCGAAAGACUAUGUGGUGUUCAGCCAAUUUGCAUUCUUCCAGACUGCACUAAAUGAUGUUGUGGAGGUGUAUGAUGGGCCUACCCAGCAUGCCCGUGUCCUGAGUUCUCUCUCUGGGGCCCACACAGGUGAAUCUUUGCCACUAGCCACCUCCAACCAGAUCCUUAUCCGCUUCUCUUCCAAGGGCCAGUCGAGCUCAAGAGGGUUCCACCUGGUCUACCAAGCUGUCCCGAGAACCAGUGCGACACAGUGUAGCUCAGUCCCAGAGCCCAGACACGGAAGGCGCACAGGGAACAACUUUGCAGUGGGAGCCGUGGUGAGUUUUGAAUGCAAUGCAGGAUACGUCCUGGAGGGGCCCAGUGCCAUCGAGUGCCUGACUGUACCCAACGCUCUGGCCCAGUGGAACGGCAGCAUGCCCAGCUGCAUUGUGCCAUGUGGAGGGAAUCUAACCCAGCGGAUAGGCACUAUUCUGUCCCCUGGAUAUCCUGAGCCCUACCUGAACAGCCUGAGCUGCGUAUGGAAGAUCAGCGUGCCAGAGGGAAUGGGAAUCCAGGAGAAAUGGAACCAUGCAGGAGUGAUUACAGCAUCACCAAAAAUCCAGGUGAUUAGCUUUGUGACUGAGCAGAACUGGGACUCUCUCGAGGUGUUUGAUGGGGGUGACAGCACUGACACCAUGCUGGGGAGCUUCUCAGGCACAACAGUUCCAGCCCUCUUAAACAGCACCUCCAACCAGCUCUACCUGCACUUCUUCUCAGACAUCAGCGUCUCUGCAGCUGGUUUCCGUCUAGAAUACAAGACUGUGUCCCUCACCAGCUGUCCUGAACCAGUAGUACCCAUGAAUGGCUUCAAAGUGGGCGAGAGACUCCAGAUGAACAGUGUGGUGUCUUUCCAGUGUGACCCUGGAUAUACUCUGCAGGGAGUCUCCCAUAUCUCUUGCAUGCCAGGGCCUGUGCGCCGCUGGAACUAUCCGCCUCCUCUCUGCAUCGCUCAGUGUGGGGGAAUCAGAGAAGUAAUGGAAGGCACCAUCCUCAGCCCUGGUUUCCCAGGAAACUACCCUAGCAACAGUGACUGCACCUGGAGGAUUUACUUGCCAGUCGGUUACGGGGCUCAUGUGCAGUUCUUGAACUUUUCCACUGAGGCCAACCAUGAUUUCCUGGAAAUUAGGAAUGGACCUUUUGACACCAGCACAGUGAUUGGCAAAUUCAGUGGGCAGGACUUACCACCAUCUCUUCUAACCACUUCACAUGAGACUACUAUGUAUUUCCAUAGCGAUCACUCUCAGAAUAAGCCUGGCUUCAGAUUUGAUUAUCAGGCCUAUGAACUUCAAGAGUGUCCUGAUCCUGAACCCUUCCGCAAUGGUGUGGUGGUUGGGGCUGGUUAUAAUGUGGGUCAGUCCAUCUCAUUUGAGUGCUAUCCAGGGUAUCAGCUGAUGGGACACUCCAUUCUUACCUGUCAACAUGGCACUACGCGCAACUGGGAUCAUCCGUUUCCUCGCUGUGAAGUGCCCUGCGGAGGUAACAUUACAUCAGACAAUGGCACUAUCUUCUCCCCCGGUUACCCAGAGGAUUACUCCACUUCUGCGGACUGUAGCUGGCUGAUUACGGUAGCACACGGCCUGGGCAUCCGUCUUAAUUUCACCCUCUUGCAAGUCCAUGGCCCCCAAGAUUUCAUCACAGUCUGGGAUGGACCACAGGAAACAGCCCGCAAACUUGGAGUGUUUACCGAAGGAGAGCCCAACAACCCACCAAGCAGCACGUCUAAUCAAGUUCUGAUACGUUUCCGAAGCUAUUCUGAGAAAGGUGGACUGUUCAAGAUCAACUACCAAGCCUAUAGACUUCAGUUUUGUUUGCCACCUCCUAUCAUUCCUAACGCAGAAAUUCUGAUGGCCAGUAAAGAAUUUAAGAUAGGUGAUAUUGUGCUUUACAGAUGUCUCCCAGGAUAUCAUCUGAAUGGGAACAGCAUUCAAACCUGUCGCUUGGGGACUCAUCUUGAGUUUGAAGGACCUCCAACUUCAUGUGAUAUUACCUGUCCUAUGAACGAGGUGUUGACAGCCUCCACGGGAAUAAUCCUGAGUCAGUCACCGGGUAGCAGCCUGCCACACUUUGAGUCCUGCUCCUGGGUGGUGAAGGUGGAUUCAGGUUACAACAUCACUUUCACCGUUGAACACUUCCAGACCAGCAGACAGUUUGAUGAGCUGGAGAUAUUUGAUGGUCCUUCACGGCAGAGUCCAUUGCUCAUUUCUCUAAGCGGGAACUAUUCAUCUCCCUUCAGUAUUACUAGCACUGCAAACAAGGUUUACCUGCACUGGUCUUUCGAUCACACUUCCAGCCACAAGGGCUUUCGAAUCCGCUACUCAGCGGCAUACUGCAGUACCCCGGACCCUCCGGUGAACGGCUCGGUGCAUAGCCAGACGGGCACGAAACUUGGCAGUACCUUGCGCUUCAGCUGUGACCGGGGUUUCAACCUGAUUGGCCAGACCAUCGCCACUUGCACCCGCACCCUGCAGGGCAUCAACCAAUGGAACGCUCCAGUGCCGCUUUGCCAAGUUGUUUCCUGUGGGAUGCCCCUUGCGCCAGUGAAUGGCACUGUCAUCGGGCAGGAAUUCACUCUCGGCUCUAGAGUCACAUUCUCUUGUAAUCCUGGUUUCCGAUUGGCCAACGCUCAGCCAGUGUCAACAGUUUGUCAAGAGUCUGGGAGAUGGAGCCCGAUGGAGACCCGCCCUCGCUGCGUCCCUGUGACCUGCCCUGACAUCGGCCACUCCGCAGUGGAUCAUGGGAGGUGGAGGCUUAUUUACGGCAUGCAGAAUAAAUAUGAGGCCAUGAUGAUGCUGACUUGUGACCCUGGAUAUUUCUACAAGGGUCAAAGGGUCAUCCGCUGCCAAGCUAACGGCACCUGGGAUUACCCUGAGCCUAGACCAUCCUGUGAAAUCAUUUCCUGUGGUGACCUUGGAACCCCUCCAAAUGGGAAUAAAAUAGGAACAUUAACUGUGUACGGAGCGACUGCCAUUUUUUCCUGUAACACGGGUUAUACUCUGGUGGGCUCCAGAGUGAGAGAGUGCAUGUCCAAUGGCCUGUGGAGUGGAGCUGAGGUCCAGUGUCUUGCUGGACACUGUGGCACACCAGAGCAUAUUGUGAAUGGCCAGGUCAUUGGAGAGAAUUACAACUACAGGGGCAGUGUCGUUUACCAGUGUAAUCCUGGAUUCCGACUCAUCGGUGUGUCCGUUCGCAUCUGUGAGCAGGACCAUCGCUGGUCCGGAAAGACUCCCGUCUGUGUCCCCAUCACCUGUGGGCAUCCAGGCACCCCAGCUAAUGGUGUGACUCAGGGAACGCAGUUUAACCUUAACGACAUUGUGCGUUUCACCUGCAACCCUGGUUAUGUUCUCCAAGGUGCAAUCAAGUCUCACUGUCAGUCCAACAGCCAGUGGAGCAACGCUCUGCCCAAGUGUAAAAUUGUGAACUGCACUGAUCCGGGACAUGUUGAAAAUGGUGUCAGACAGGUCCUGCCCAGCGGGCCUCAUCGUUACAGUUUCCAGACCGCAGUUUCUUACAGCUGUAACCCUGGAUACUACCUGAUGGGCACCAGCACUCUGAGCUGUCAAGGCGACGGCACAUGGGACCGCUCCCUACCCAAGUGCCUCUUGGUUCUGUGUGAUCGUCCCAGCAUGCCUCCAUAUGCACAGAUCUCGGGGGACAGACGCACAGUGGGCUCUGUUAUCCGCUUCAGCUGCAUCGGCCAGCGCAGCAUUGUGGGCAAUAUCACCCGCAUGUGCCAGCUGGAUGGCCAGUGGAGCGGCUCCCUGCCACAUUGCUCCGGUGAUUCUGCUGGAAUGUGUGGAGACCCUGGCGUUCCAGUGCACGGGAUCCGUCUGGGAGAGAAGUUCUCCGUAGGGAGCAUUGUACGAUUCAGCUGUGAGCCUGGCUACAUUCUGAAGGGCUCCUCUGAACGAACCUGCCUGGCUAACGGGAGCUGGGUGGGCAUCCAGCCUGAGUGCCAUGUGGUCUCUUGUGGCAACCCUGGAACUCCUCGCAACUCCAUGAUCCAGUUCCACGAUGGACUUGUGUUUUCCCGCUCUGUCACCUACUCCUGCAGAGAAGGCUACUACUCCACUGGCCUGCUCACUCGUCAUUGUACAGUCAAUGGCACUUGGACCGGGGACAUGCUGGAAUGCACAGUCAUUAACUGUGGAGAUCCUGGAGUGCCAGCUAAUGGUAUCAGACUGGGCAUUGACUUCACGUACGGCCACACUGUGAGCUUCCAGUGUUCACCAGGCUUCACUAUAGAUGCUGAUCGUGCCUCCACACUCAUCUGCACCAAGGAUCGCACAUGGAACAUCACCAAGCCAGUUUGCAAAGCCAUUGUGUGUGGCACACCUCCCAGCAUCCCGAAUGGUCAGGUUGUGGGGUCUGACUUCCAAUGGGGGUCCAGCAUUAGUUAUAGCUGUAAUCAGGGUUACCAGCUUUCCCUUCCCACUAUCCUCACCUGCCAGGGCACAGGAAACUGGAGUGGCGAACGGCCUCAGUGUUUUCCUGUAUUUUGUGGAGAUCCAGGGAUACCAGCCCAGGGCAAGCGAGAAGACCGAGGGUUCACAUACCUGUCCUCUGUUUCAUUCUCAUGUUACCCGCCUUUGAUCCUGGUCGGCUCUGCUCGCCGAUACUGCCAAUAUGAUGGAACCUGGAGUGGAACCCAGCCGUCUUGCAUAGAUCCCAGUCACACCAGCUGUGUAGAUCCUGGCACUCCUCUCUUUGGCCACCAGAACAACUCUCAAGGCUAUCAGAUUGGUAGUUCAGUAUACUACAGCUGCAGAAAGGGUCACCUCCUUCUGGGUUCCAUCUCUCGGACCUGUUUGCCCAACCUCAUCUGGAGUGGCAUGCAGCCUGAGUGCAUCGCUCAUCACUGUAAUCAGCCGGAGCUCCCCGCACAGGCAGAUGUAGGUGCUAUAGAGCUUCCAUCUCUGGGUUAUACUCUCAUCUACACCUGUCAGUCUGGUUUCUACCUUGCUGGAGGGUCUGAACACCGCACCUGCAGGGCUGAUGGCAGCUGGACAGGGAAACCUCCAUUGUGUGCACCUGAUAACAGACCAAGCGGAAAAACUGCAGGAACAGUGCAAGAGCCGCCCAACACAAAGCAACCCGUGCCAAGUGGGGUCUUUGCUAAGAACUCUCUUUGGAGGGGUUCAUACGAAUAUCUAGGGAAGAAGCAGCCAGCAAUGCUUAGCAUAACUGCUUUUGAACCAUUCAGCAAUCGGGUCAAUGGCACUCUCUUGGACCACAGCGGAGUACAGCUUAAUCUGGCUGGUAUCUAUAAGAAAGAAGAAGCCCAAUUGUUGCUGCAGGUGUAUCAGAUUCAAGGUCCUGUGGAGAUCUUUGUUAACAAGUUCAAAAUUGACAACUGGGCAUUGGAUGGACAUGUGUCAUACAUGCCUUCUUCUGAUUCAUUUGUUUACCAAGGCUUUGUUCGAGGAAAAGGCUUUGGCCAGUUUGGACUUCAGAGACUGGGUAUGUGUGCUUGUCUUACAGGACAGUUAAACCUUAUAAUUUGUUAA